CCUCGGUCCUUCUGAUCAGGUUUCAAAAUAAUCUAAACCAUGGCAAUAAGUUGUAUUCGACUGAUAGCUCUGGUGACAUUGCUCCUGGGGAUCUCUCAAGCUUCAACCAGCUGGUUCACACCUAGCUUCACCGACACUGCCAACAAAGAUGGUAUUUACUGGCACCGUUCCGAUCUGGCGUACCGCAUGGGGGAGAACUUCCAACCGACCAUGAACAUUGCCUGGGGGAGCACACCCCAGUAUACGGGCAUGUUCUUACAGGGGAACCUCCAGUUCUUCUUGGCUGAUUCAGUAUACAUUGGAAUAACAAACCUCUUCCAGGUUGCACCCGGUGGACUUCACGUCAGUGCACUUCGAGGUGCUGAAGAUUUCUACAUAGAUGUCCCUGGAUGUGGAAGCCAACGUUUUACUAAGAGCGUCUUUCAUCUCAACAUCGGAGUAAUAGGCUCCUUCGCAGUCACUUGGAAUAUCGAAAGCCACGCAUCAUCAAGCUGCCCAGAGCUUUUCGGAGCUAUCCAGUUCCCUACGAAAGAGGCUUCCGUAGACAAGUACUUCACCAUACACUACAGGAUCGACAAAUGGGAAGCAGGAUACCCGGGAAAGAGGGCAGUUGGUGGUUUUGUGAGACCCUUCGGCGGGGGUGACAUGAUGUGUUACGCUGAUGAUGACGACUUUGUGAUUGGAGUCAUGAAUGGAUUUCAUGGAUAGAAACAUUUUCACAGAUGAACAUAAUGUCUAUUAAUGGGACGUUUACGAUUUUCCGACUUCUUUAAGAUCUGUUUAUUUAUUAAACCGAAC